AUGCACGAGCUGUUCUGGACGGCCUACGAGCAGCUCUCGGAUCAGGGCCUGGCCGCCGCUGCGGUGACGCGUCUGUUUGACGACAAUGAAGGGCAGUAUCAGCAUCGCCCCAUGCGGCAAGUACAGCCGCAAACCGUCAGCAGGUACCUGAGUCUUGGAACACGCCUGGUCCAAUUUUUGCUGCUGCUGGAGGCCAUGCCAGCCCCCGACCCGUCGAGCUUUCUGGGCCAGGUGCUUGCCAGCCGUGGCCCUGCGGUAAUCAAUGCCACCGCGGCUCUGAGGGCGGGCCUGGACGCUGAAAUGACCAAGAAAGAGCUGGUCGAGCCCCUGACGUCCCUGUGGCUGGCCCUGGUGGAGGUGGAGCUGAGCCUCUUUGACAACGACAAGGUGCACUUUGUCAACGUCUUCUUAUUGUGCACGGCCGUGUCCAAAGGAAGCGGCAUCCUGCAAGACAUCAGGCAGUGGACCACGACGCCCGCUGGACUGCUGUACGUUUUCAAAUUGUUCCUGCUUCGCCGUGGCAAGAAUGAGUCGUGGUUAGUGGCCAACGAGUUGAGGCCGUAUAUGCAGCCCGGGCGAUUGGUGCAUUUCUUGAGCCAGCGCAUGAGCAUGGCACGAACAGCGAGCGUGGCCGAGGGGCAGGCUGGAGUCGACGUCGAUAUCCGAGCCGAUGGCGACGUGACGGACGAGACGCUGCGCACCAUUGUCUAUCGAGGCAUUGAGCUCAAUGUGGAGGAGCUCGGGGCCGCAUUGGAGCAGAUGCGCAAAGACAUGACGGAAAUAUUGGACAAGCAACUCUUGCUGGACUCACGCCUGCGGAAAGAUUACGAGAAAGAAUAUGAGCGGCUGCGAUUGAAGGAGGAUCGGACCAACAGGGUCAAGAACUGGUGGGUGGGCCAUGGCAGUCCAGCCGAGAACGCGCUGUUUGAUCACAUUGGCCAGACCCCGAGUCUGCGGCAAGAGUUUAUCCGAACUGAGCAUGGGUCCAGUGGCGAGCUGACCUUUCGAGAAGACAGGGUGCGGGUCUGCCGCCACGAGCCUCUGUGUAUCAAGGGCUGUCCUACAAAAACGGCGUUGGCCGGCAACGAUCUGCGUUUUUUUGCCGAGAAGCAGCUCUCCAUAUUGACCCGCGUGAGCAAGACCUACUGGCUGUCCCUGAACGAACAGCACACCUUUCGAUACAUGGACCAGGAAAUCAGCACGCUGAUAUUCAUGUAUUUGCUGCUGUGCAAGCCUCUGGAGCACAUGCUGAGCAGCUGGCUGCAAAAGCGGGGCGGGCUGGACACCCCCGACGACGAGAACGGCAUUCACAAUGCCGAGCAGGACGACGAAGAUUUCCUCGACGACGAGUUGGAUGAAGACCACAUGAGCCACGACGAGACGAUGACAUUGCGACGCGAGGUCCGGGACGCUCGAAACCACUACAACAACAGCCACCUCCUCUUCAAUAUUGCGCCCCUGCAGGCGAUGACGACCAGCGCCCUGGGCAGCCUGAUCCACACUCAAGCUCAACACUCUGGGGACACGGCCCAGCGGGCCUAUGCGCGCACAGCGAGUGACCAUGUGCAAACCAAAAUGUCGUCGCGAUUGAUGCAUCAAGUGGCCUCGCAAAAAUGGCAUGCUUUGUUUGGACUAGAUCACAAGCGCAGCAUAGCCGAGUUGACCGCGAACCAAGAAGCAUUGGAAGCUCGCUAUCCCAUCAGCUGGAACCCGGUGACUGACCUCUCACCCGAGGCAAACGGGCGUAUCAUCAUGAACACGAGGGCCGAGCAUGACGUACCCUACAUGACCCAGCUGGCCAAGCAGGCAAGCAUCUCGUGGGGCCACAGUUUCAACAGCCAAGAACAGUUGGACCUGGCCGCGGCCAUUGACCAGCACCGGCCGGAAGAUGGAUGGCUAAUUGUUGUUGCACCGACAGGCAUGGGUAAAACAUUUUGUACCCUGCCCAAGCUGGGCUGUCGCCCGCAUGCCGGUACGGUGCUGUGGAUUGUGCCGUUUGUGGCCGUGGCCAACGAUUUAUUGCGGCGAUUUCAAGGCGCAGGUCACAGUGCCCAGCGAUGGCUUGGUCCCUCUACACAGGUGGCAGAUGGCCUGGACGUGCUCAUCGUCACGACCGACAUGUUUGUCCGCGUGGGAUCCGAAUCGCUACACGGAAAGGUCUGCUUUCAGCGCAUCCGCACCGUGGUGAUGGACGAGGCGCACACGCUCAUCUCGGAUGCCAGCUACCGAGAUGUGAUGGACGAAGUCGCAGCCAGUGUGGGUUCUGGCGGAUGGACCAACAUCAAACGCGUGGCGUUGACGGGCACACUUUGCAUCGGGGACCAGGAGCAUCUGUUUCGAAAGCUGGGUCAGCAAGUCGGGGGCAAGGUGUACCGUCUGGAGACGAUGCGUCGCGAUCUGCAGCUGCGUGUGCUUCACGGAAACCAGCUAAACUUUUUGUCGCAUGUGCAAGCCAUUGUGGACACGCAGCGGGUGAUGCGUCAGGCGAAUGGGAAGCGUGUGCACAUGAUGGUCUUUUGUGACACCGUGAACGAGGUGAAGCUGCUGUGUGACCAGCUGCACGCAUACGGCUACAUGGCCUUGCCCUACUACACCGACCUGGAGGAGAAGGCGCAAAAGGACCAUGUGGCACAGUGGCAACGGGGUGAAUGCGACGUCAUUGUGGCCACCAGCUGUCUCAGCACGGGCGUGGAUCUGCUCACCAUUCGCCACGUGCUGUGGUAUGGCAACGGCUACAACGUCUAUACGCUGGCCCAGGCAUUUGGUCGGGCUGGUCGCGAUAAACAGGGUGGAACUGCCGAGCUGUGGCUACCAGUGAGACGUGGGCCAGCACCGGGCAUGGAAAAGUUUGUCGAGGGCAAUGCGUGCCGCAGCUGGGCGCUCGGCAAGUUGCUAGAUCCCCGCGCCGCGACAUGCUUUGCUGCCGGCCAGCCGUUUUGUGACGUGUGCGCAGGAACAGCACAGCGCCUGGAGCCAGCAAGAGCUGCGCGCCAGCAGCGUGCUGCCCAAGCGUUGAGUGUGGCGCAUGUGGAAGCAGAGCCCGAGGCGAUGGCGGAGGAGGAAGAUGUGUUGUCUGAGCCACCUGCAGCACGGCUCGAGGAAGAAGAAUCGAUCGGGCCAGAGUCCGCCUUGGAUGUAGCUUCAGCAUCAAACGUCGAAACGGCAGCGUCUUCAGGACCAGCUGCCGUUGCGGCGCAGUCGAGCAGAAGUACUCCACGUGCCCAGGACACGGCUGUGGUGGCGACAAAUGCAGGGCCAAUGACGGAUGCUGCCGUGCCACGGAUACAGACGAGUGCUGCUUGCAUUGAUGAGGCAGAUACAGCAUCCAUGUCGGUGCCAGCUUCCCCCAUGGUCUCUGAUGCUGAUGAUGAGGCGCCUUUACAGCAAGAGGCGCGAGGCUCGGUGCAAACAACGUUGGCAGAGGGCGAGAGCACGUCACAGCCAGUCGUGCAGUCAGCAGCACAGCCAACCCCCACGAAACACGCGCCAACCCCGUCGGCCUCGAUCAUUUGCGUGCCAGUACCAUCGGCCUCGGGUUCAACCUCCUCUCCGGCGCGAUCGGCUGCAAGCUCAGCCUCGGGUACACUGCGGCGUAAGCGAGUGCCGCUGGAAGCUGAAAGUACAUGUACCCCUGGGUCUGACGAUUAUGACGACGAUGGCAACGGCGUUGCUACAAGCCCUGCUCCCUCAACAUCCAAGCGAACGGCAUCGGACGUCACGUGCACAGCUGCUGCUUCUUCAACAGCGGUUCAAGCAGCAGAGUCGCCUCUUCCCGCAGCAAAACGAGCAGCAUCAAGUGGCACGCGCACCGCUACCGUUGCCGCUACUGCUACCACUCGCUCUGAAGCCACGGUAUCUGCUGCGGCUACGCCACCGAAUCGGCACAACGUCGCGCCAAUAUUUCGGUCGAAAUCGGGGACAAAAAAAAAAAAUCUGAUGAACUACGCGGCGGCUGACAAGUUUAUUGGCGUUCUGAAGUUGAUGGAUGAUUACUGCAUGCGAUGUACCAUUCGACAGGCGAAACCCGUCCUGAAGGCCGAGCAUCAAUGCGUAUGCAAUUGUGGUUGCAAGCGGUGUCACCUCAAAGGACAUGAGACAAGUGAAUGUUUCGUGGGCUUCAAAUAUCCCAAAUGGACGUGUUGCUACGCUUGUGGAAUGCCAAGGAUGAUUCGUGGAUGGGAUACAUGGAAUCACCGUUGCAGGCAGUCUCAAGGACUGGAUUCGGGCCUGAGCUGUCUCCUCCUUUAUUCGGUCUGUCAUCCGGGGCUGCGCAACCUGUCCCAGCGGAUGGGCUACAACUUGAGGGAACAGACAUUGAAGGAUUUCGAUACGCGCGACUUGUUUGUCAAGUGGCUGUACUCGUCCGGUCCUUGUCCAUUUCCAGGGCGUGGGCAUUGGCGUCUUGUGGAAUUUGUGUUUGAAAGUGCGAGGAUUCUGCUCCCCAGUGCGGCGGAAGCCCAAGUCGGCCCCCUCGACAGCUUUCGCUAA